UUUUCAUUAAACCAACCCUUUCUGCCUCUAAACUGGCUCCUUGCAAAGCCAUUAUUUAACUUUCUUAAUGAUUUCAUUUCAAGGUAUUUAGAGGACUGAACAACAGUUUGAGUUGUUGAUGGUUUCAUCAUGAUGUGUUAACAUAGUAUUUGUAUCAUUUGUGAUAAAGUGUUUAUAAGUGUUAAUCAAAAGUAAAGAUGGAAAUUGAUUCUGAUAAAUGGCGGGAUUUGGCUUUACCAGAUAAACGUUUAUUAUCAUCAUCAACAAUAAUUGACAUAAAAAAUGCCACCGAUUGUGAUUCAAUUGCUCCACAAGCACCGAUGACCACUGAAUAUGAAAAAAAUUUGACUUAUCGUUUUAAAUCUACAAAUGCAUUUGGCAAUGGCGAGUAUACAAAUACAUUUACAAAUUCAUCAACCAUAAACAACAAUAACAACAAUGUUUCAUCAAAAGGUAAAUCCAAGAUAUUUCCAGGUCGAUUAAAAAAGCGUGUUGUCCUUAAAAAUGGAAGUGUCAAUUUGUCCAAAGAAAGAGUCGAGAAAAGGUCUCAACGCUAUUUACAAGAUACAUUCACAACUAUGGUUGAUAUUCAAUGGAGGUGGAAUCUUCUGGUCUUUAGUAUGGGCUUCUUGUUGAGUUGGUUGGGUUUCGCUGUUGUUUGGUAUUUGAUUGCUUAUGCUCAUGGUGAUUUAGAUGGUCCCUCUUCAAAUGAUAGACGGAAAUGUGUUAAUGGUGUUGAUACAUUUGCCACUGCAUUUUUGUUUUCAGUUGAAACUCAACACACAAUUGGAUAUGGAAGUCGUUAUACUAAUGAAGAGUGUCCAGAAGCCAUCUUUGUUAUGUGUGUUCAAUCAAUAACCGGAGUCAUGAUUCAAUGUUUUGUGGUUGGCUUUGUGUUUGCCAAAUUAUCUCGUCCAAAGAAACGAUCACAGACUUUAAUGUUUAGUCGAAAUGCUUGUAUAUGCCUUCGAGAUGGUAAAUUGUGUCUCAUGUUUAGAGUUGGCGAUGUUAGGAAUCGAUCUCACAUCAUUGGAGCCUCCAUUAGUGCUUUGGUCAUUGACAGAAAGAUCACUUCAGAAGGCGAAGUCAUUCCUUAUUAUCAUAACAGAGUCGAUGUUAAAUUUGACAAUUCAGAUUCAAAUGUAUUCCUUGUUUGGCCAGCGACAAUUGUCCAUGAAGUCGACAGUUCCUCGCCAUUUUAUUCAAUGUCAGCUGAUGCUAUGAUAAGGGAAAGAUUUGAGAUUGUUGUUAUUCUUGAAGGGACAAUUGAAUCGACUGGACAAUCAAUUCAAGCUCGAACUUCUUACUUGCCUUGUGAAAUCUUGUGGGGUCAUCGCUUUGAACAUAUGAUUAGUUAUCGUAAAGACACUGGACAGUACAGAGUUGAUUAUUCAAAGUUUAACAAUACUUAUGAAGUUGAUACGCCAACAUCAUCAGCUAAAGAUUAUUAUGAAUCUCUCAGGAUUAUCAAUGAUAACAUCAAGUUAGACAGUUUUGUGCCUCUUCAUAUUUUCAAUAAUAAGUUUAAGGAAGAUUCAGUGAAAGUUGAACAACAAUUGAAUAAUGAUAGCAAUUCAUCAUUGUUUCCGUUCAAAAUUCCAAUUAGAAUACCUUAUCUCAAGACUUUUGAUAAAUCUGCUAAUUGAUUAUUCUUGUAUUUUCAUAGCAUUUCUCAUAAUUUUAAAUCAUCAAAUCUUCAAUUAUUUAUUCAAUUUAAUUUUUGUCUGUC